AUGAAAACAACAUUAUUGUUAUGGACGAUUAUCUGUGCGGUCGUUCUGACAGCGUACGCCACUCCCGCCAUCAGUUCCAAUGAAAAUGCGAUACCAGCGGUUAAUCGCAAUCAACUGGAAGAAGGAUUUCUGAGGAAACUCAAUACAAAAUGCAGCCAAAGAGAUAAUCACUCGUGUAUGAUGCUCAAGUUGAUUGUGUACAUGAAUCGGAUAUUCAAGAAAUCUUCACUUGAAGUGAAUAAAAAAGUAACAGUUACUCAGAAUCGAGAUAUUGAUGAAAUACCCGAUGAUCCGGAAGAUGAUUUACUGUUGGCACGUUCCAUAGACUCGGAUGACGAAACGCUGGCCUUGAUUGUGGCCAAUAAAAUAAGAAAAUUCAUAUCAUCACGAACGUUGCGUUAUCAUUUCAGUGAUAAUGCAGAUUUUGUGGCAUAUGCCGAACCAAAGGGUAAUUUAAAUAUUGGCGUCUCCAUUAGUCCAGGUGUGGCCUUGGAGGAGGGAAGAGGUAAAAUGAAAAAUAUGUUACCCAUAUUGAUGGUGAUGGCCGGUAAAGCUGGCCUUGUUGGUGCCAUUAUAUUAAAGGGUCUGUUCUUGUUGGCGGGUAAGGCAUUAAUAGUCUCCAAGAUUGCCCUGUUGUUGUCGGUGAUAAUUGCGCUGAAAAAACUAUUGUCACAAAAGAAACACAUUGUGGAGGUACCGCAUCACGAUAGCUAUAGCAGUGGUUGGGCACGUGCUUUGGAUGGUUUUGUGGAGGGUUUGGUUGAAGUGCCGGCUAAGCUACUGGCCGAAGAGGCGCAUGAUAUGGCAUUUAGUGCACAAAAACCUGAGGAUUUAUAA